GAUUUAGUGUGUGCCUCAGCGCUCACUUGUGAAACAUCCAUCUCUGGGUGCAUGUGAGGGGUGGGAGGUGCGGUGGCUGAACAUCACACUCACAAUCUCAGUCAAAGUGUCGUCACACUGGAAGGCUGUUGGACGAUCAGCUGACGCUGAAGAUGAACGUGGCUCUGGUACACGAUCGGCUGCAGAUCAAGUCACUCUGGGAGGACAGGAUCAACACCGAGUGUCAAGAUGUUGAGAAUGAGGAGAAGAGGAUGAACAAGAGCGCGCUUGAAAAGCUGCGGGGGGAGUGGCUGGUCCGCCUCGACAGCCGCAACAAGAACCUGAAGAGCCUCAACGAAAACCUGAUCAAGAAGGUGAAGAAGGGGAAGUCUUAGCGGACAUGAGCCGAGCAGCGGGCGCAAACAAGCCAGAUUCAUCUUUUUGUUUUUUUUUCAAGAGUAAUAAAAAUGCCAUGUGGCAAAAACA